UACUUCUGUAAUAUGAGUACAGAAGAUUUUCGUGGAAAACACAGGGAAGAUAAACCGAAUCAUAUCCCUGUUAUCUCAGGCAUUCCUCAAGCAGAGCUGCUAUAACAUUCCCAGUGACGAAAACACAAUUAUUUCUCAACGCCUUGAAGACCUUGGACAGCCGGACAGAGUCACGUAUUCCCGGUAUUAUGAGUAAACCGGUGGAGUGUGUUUAUGUGCAUGUGAGAUGUGUAAUGUGACCAAGGGGCGGCUUCAGUACAGGAUAAAAAAGGGUGGGAGUUUUUCUGUCCUAACUUACUCUCUCACUUACACACACUGAGAGAGAUCAGCUCUGAGAGAGAUAUUUUACCUUGGACAGCGAGUGACGGGGUAAGACAGCAGAGAACAACUCCGAACAAGCUGAUUUAGAGUCGUCGCGGUCGGAUAGACAGCAUGUAUUGGGACGUGGCCCUCUGGAGCGCCGGGAUCUGGGCGAUCCUGAGUUUAGCUGCUGGACAACUGACCGAGCAGGACAAAUCAACCAUCGUGGACAUGCACAACAAGUAUCGCUCUCAGGUUACGCCCAGCGCCGCCUUCAUGCAGAAAGUGGUGUGGGACGAGACACUGCGUGUGGUGGCGGAAGCUUACGCAGUAAAAUGCAUCUGGGACCACAACCCUGACCUUCAGAAACUCUUUUUGGGUGAAAAUCUCUUUAUCACCACUGGAGCUUUUAAUGCAACUGAAGCAACGGUUAGCUGGUUUGAGGAAAAUGUGGAUUAUAACUAUGAAAACAUGCUUUGUGCUGAAGAGAAAAUGUGUGGCCAUUACACUCAGAUGGUGUGGGCAAACACCAAUAGAAUCGGCUGUGCUACUCACUUCUGUGACACCCUUGAUGGACUAGGUUUCAGGAACACCACUAUUCUCGUCUGCAAUUACUAUCCUCCAGGAAAUGUUGAAGGACAUUUUCCUUACGUGUCUGGAGAGCCGUGCUCAAAGUGUCCAGAAAACCUGCCAGUGUGUGAGGAGGAAAUCUGCGUGCGUGAGAAUCCCCUCGAUCCAUCCGAUGAGCCGGCCGUCAAUGAAGACCCGACUGUCUUACCGGAGCGCUCCCACUGGACCACGGAGCCCGUCGAUGUUCCCCGAGAGCCCACCCGCAUACCUGUUAAAGUAGAUAAGACUGGCAUGGAAAAAACAACCAUGAGUCAUGGAUCCAAGAUGGAAAGCAUCACAUCUCAUCUACUGAUGCUGCUCAUCGUGCUGGCGCUUGUUUUGUGAGGGUCUGGAGUGGAUGAGAUCCUUCAUAACCUGAUAAGACACAUACAAAAUGCAUAAGAUGUGUGUUUGCACUGCAAAAAGGAUUGUCUUCCUCAGUAAUCCAGUUACAAAUGUCUAAAGGUUCACAUAUCAAGAUACAUUUACUUGAAAAGCAAAAUAAUCUGUUCACCCGAGUGUCUUUAAGUUUACUGUGUCACUUUAGCUGGAAAAUAUUUUCUGGUUUAAAUAUGCGCUGCCUUUUUAUAGAUUUACAGUAUUAGUUUUAAUGAACAAUUUGAGAAUUAUUACAAUGCACAAGUGAAUGCAUGUAUAUAAAUAUAUAUUUAUAUGUAGGCUAAACGUCAUUUAUAUUUUUGUUCAAAUUCAAAAGCUGGUAAAAACUGGAAUGGAAAAACCUAAAUGAAUGAAUAAAUGUUUAAUUUUGUAUACUCCAUUUUUUAAAAAUGA